AUCUCAUUCAAGGUUUGCCGUUCGAAGCGAGCAGUUCGGAUUUUUUGCAGUGCGCGCGACAGGUCAUUUUUUCUUUUUGUAACAUCACUCUUGUUGUUGUUGUUGUUCUGUACCAGUAUGAUAAUCAGCAGCAUCAGCUAUCUCGUUUCCUUUGUACAUGUUUCGAUUUCCCAGCCGCUUGAAUAGUGCAUAAAGUUUUGAUUUCGGGACAGGCAGACCGCACUUGAUCAAACAACAGUGUGAGAACGAGAAAGGAAGCAAAAAGUGUGCGCGUCUGAAGGAGAGAAAGAAAAAGAGCGAGAGAGAGAGAGAGAGGACAAAUCGAAGGGAAUUCCGUGAGUGUCCUUUCUGCUGUUGCUUCAGUGUUAAUUUUCUCGCCCGUGAGUCGUUCGGUGAUUGAGUUUUUUUUUGUUGAGUCUGCCCUAAAUCCAGGGAAUAAAGAAGCGAUGUAAAGGACGACGGCAUUCGGGAAGUUGAUUAAAGAUAGAAUUAAACUGCCAAGCGAUGUGCUUAUGCAAAUGAAAGUAACGAAUUGUUCGAGCGUGAAAAUCUAAAUUUUAUGACAAGUGGAAAAACAAGAGUUGGAAAGAUGCGUGUGGUGAGAGGAAGCAGUAGCAGUAUUUAGACGUCGCCGCCGUCGUGAAUUGUGGGAUGUGAUCGCCUGCCCGCCGUGCCACUCGUAUGCUUGCCUGAGUGUGUUUGUGUGUAGGCAGGGGGGUUUUUCGUUGUUCCGAAAGCCCAUUAUCAGCACACCAAACAGCAGCAGCAACAGCAAUCGAAGCAAGCUGUAAUACAACACCGCGUGCAAAAAAUAAAAAAAGGCUGAGACAACGUUCCGUGUGUACGUGGAUUUUCUUUGCGUUGUUUUUUUUUUGUUUCUUACAUUCAUUCGCUGCUCUUUCCUGGUGCUUCCAGCCAAGCUAUCCAACCAAGCAACAAGAAGCAUCGUCAUAAUCAAUUCGAUGGAUUCGCGGUCGGACGGUGUGUUUUGGUUCUGCCUUUUGCUGCUUGCUUUGCGCUCUGUGCUUGUAGUGAAUGCCACCACUUGUUUACGUUCGCUGAGAGUGCAAAAAAGUAAAUAAACCGAAAAGAAGAAAGAAUGUGCCCGUUCGUACCAGUGAAGAAAUAGAAAGAAAUAUGGCAUAAUAGCAGCCAAAAGAGGCAAAGAACCCACCUUGUCGGUCAGUGAGCAUCAGCAGCGGCCACUCGCAUGUACGCACGCAGAUCCGACCGAAGCUAUACCGAGCGUGUGGAGAGUGCGUGCGGAGCCCGAGGAAGGUCAAAAGGAAUUACGAAAAGAAAAAAAAAACUUCACCGAGCCGCCGAACCGGAAGACGAAACAUAUCGUUCGCCUUGUUUUUCGUUCCCCUGCGUGUUGGAAGAGGGAACCGUUUUUGGACGCGUGAUUAAUUGGAAAUUCUAAAUAUCUAACACGGUACGAUGGCUCGCAGGAAGGGAGCUACCAAAACAAAAACAAAUGGCAGAAAGACUGGGACAGAUUCCAAGCAGACAGAUAAGAAAGAUGUGAAACUGAAAGAUGAUCCGGGUGGAGAACUUCCGCCCGCUAUGGAAAUAACGAGCAGCUGUAAUGAAAGUAAAACGACGUCAGUGAGUCAACCGUACAGUAAACAGUCGAGUGUGAAAACAUCGGAGAGCAAAGUCAGCGCGGAAAAUAGCAUUCUGCAUCAUUCGCAGCACCAAUCGCAACCGCCACCGCCGCCGACGCUGCCGUCACAACCACCGCUGCAAUCUGCACCAACAACCCAACAACAACAGCAAACCUCGUUCAGUGUUUAUUCGUCCAACGCGACGACGAAUUCUUCUGAUUUAAAGUACCUGCAUAAAAAAUUCAAACGAAUCGCGAGUGCCACACCGAACAGCGAUAGUGGCAGUGAAUCGAAACUCGUUACAUCAGUGGCGGCGGGUGCCAAUAGUAGUUUCUUUAGUACGACGUCAGCUGGUGGUAGUAGUACUAUAACUAUUACAGCAAGUGCAUACGGUUUCCCCGCCGAACGACUGCCAAACUCGCAGUCCACAGUGCUAAGCUACGAACCAGUCCAGCGGUUGCAGCAGCAGCAACAGCAACAACAACAAAGUCAAACGACUGCAUGUGCCAACGAGGGUGAUUUAGUUCACUCAUACCGACCAAACACCGACCGUAUUCGUCCAGGACAACCAACAGUCGAUGAGUGCUACAGUCGCCCCCAAUUAACCUCUUUGAGUAGCGAACACAGUAACGGUGCUUCCUUGAAUCGCGCUAACAACAUUAGCCGCAGUAAUAGUUUUAUCAGCAACAACCAUAUUUCGAGAGAGAACGAAGAAAGCCACGUUUCGUACUAUCCCAUUGUAAAUAAUAACAGUGCUAUCAACACAAGCUGUGAUUUGAACGAGAAAACCCAAUGCUCUCUGAGCAACAACAGCACGAACAGCAGUGCAACGUUAUCAACGCCGAAGACCACCACCGCCUCGGUUGACUCGGUUGGCUACGAGAACUGUUCCCAGUUGCCGGUGACCGGGGAACUACUGAGCGUCGUCCCGAGUGACACCGCACUGUGUCUGGCUUCGGCGGCCGCUGCUAACCCGAUCAAUACGGCCACACCGGGCCGGUAUGUGUGCCCGUUCUGUCAGAUGCUCUGUAGCAAACCGUCGGUCCUGCAGAAGCACAUUCGACGCCACACCAACGAGCGCCCGUUCCGGUGCGAUCCGUGCGGUAUUGCAUUUAAAACCAAAAGCAACCUGUACAAACACUGCCGAUCCCGAGCUCACGCAUCCAAGAGUCAAGGGGAGGAUAUUGGCCCAGUAAUCGACGAGGACGGGUCCCUCGGUGGAUCGGAUAUAGAAGAUAAGGAACUGAGCAACAGUGGUUCGGAAAUUUCCUUGUUGCAGAUCACGCGAGGCUCUCCGAUGGAUGACCGAAUGCAUUCGCCACAGCUGCUGGUUGAGAAACCGUACAAACCAAAGUUUCACAAUGCGGCCCUGUACGCUAAAUUCGACGCCAAACUGGCCAACAAGCUUCCUUCUUCGACGCCUAGCAGUACGAGCAGCAGCACUACGAACCUGAACGUUAGCCAUUCGGCUCCACCAACUCCACACUAUUUCAACGGUCAAAAUGUGGAAUCACUCGAGCAGCACAUCUCGAAACUGAUAUCAGACAACGAGGCCAUCGUGGAAGUGGUGGAACCGCCGCUCCAGAAAAAGUAUCAUAAAAUCACCGGCAUAACCCGCGGUAUUUCGGUUAGCGGUAGUUCGAAUCCCGCCCAUCCCGGGCAGGAUUCCGGAUCAGGCAGUAAUAGUUCCAAACUAGCUAGCGCCCUGUUACAGAAACGAAACAGCGAAGAGCUGUUACAGCUUCCAGCGGUCCAAUUGUACGCCAAUACUGCUCCUAGCGAACACAAUGUGAUAACCGUUUCGAAUAAACCAAUCGUAACUGGAAAAUCGGCCGUAGCCGUAGUAAACCAAGCAGUUCCUUACGGGGCACAAACUCACCAUGCGGUACAGAUGGUGGUACGAGUUCCUAAUGGGAAUGAACAGCAGCCGGUGCAGCAUCAUCAGCUUCAAGUGCAAUACCAGCAACCGUUGAACCUUUGCAAACCGGUUCCGAACGAACCCGUAGUAGUAGAAAUGGAGCUUCCUCGUAAGCGAAGCAGUGGAACAUUGUACAGCCGAGAGCAGUCACCAUCGUCAUCGGUGCAAUAUUCUUCGCAGCAAACCAACGUGGUCCCACAACCAGUACCCGUGGCACCACAACAAGUUCAACCGCAUCCAUCACAGCAACAGCAACAGCAGCAGGUAACGGUUACUGAUCACCCGCAGAACCCGGAACGUUCCAUCAUCAAGGAUUUGCUGCUCAAUUCGCGCGGGUUCGGAGUUGUGCAGAAUCCGGAAAAUGAGAAUAUGGAAAAUUUGUUCACCUGCAAAUCGUGCAACAUCAGUUUUCGUAACGCCGAGAUCUUGAAAUAUCACACGAUUUGCUACUGCCAGGGGAAUGCCAGCAAUUUGAACAGUCCGUCAUCCAGUGCUCCCAUCAGUCCCGUUGGAUCUCCGUCGUCCUAUCUCAUGCGAUCGAAGUCGUACAAUCCAACAAGUCUGAAAACGCUUGCCAGAGUAUCGCUUAAUCCACCACCGCGGAAUCCAUCGACACUGUCCAAAUUGGCGAAAUCCCAACUGAGGUUGCCCCGAUCGCGACCUGAACACAUAUCGCUACUAUCGGAUGUAGCAGGUCCGAAUCCUACCAUAGCCAACAGCAACCCGCCGUCGUUGGAUACUCCGAUACCGACCAUAGCCAAAAUUGUCGAUGUGGUACAAAAUCCAUUGCCAUCUCCAGGCCCUCUGUUAGGCAAUACGAGAUUGGUCGAUUUCCAGAGUAAUAAAGCGGAAGGAUUCGGUAGAUCAGCUCCAGCGGAGUCCACUGACAAUGCACUACAUCCGCCGCCAGCACAUAAAAGAGCUCUGGUCGUUACCGGGGACGACCAUCAUUUGUCGCUGAGAACGGUUCAACAUCCCAGUUUGCAACUGUUUGGAGGAAAUGUUGAAAUUAUCCAUCGUAACGGGGAAAUACCGAGUCAUCGGUACACCUCCGGUGGUACGGUAACACGAUUCUCACCGGACGUGGACAGUGAAAUGCACGAUUACGGAAUGUCCGGUCGAUCGAAUAGCAUGCAUUCGGGGGGAACGUUUCUACAACUGCCAGAAUCAAACCGUAGUUCGUCGCCAGUGAUUAUCAAGAACCCAGCGACUCCUAAAUUGGUCGUUACCAUCACCCCAACACUGUCAUCUGCUGCUAUGACAACGCAGAAUUUUUACCCAAACCAGCAGCAACUGCCAGUCGAAGUGACUAAUCCUGCGGCUGGUCAACCGAUCACACGAUUUCAGUUUCCUCCGAUCAAUCCAAUAACGGCAUAUAAUCCACUGACACUGCCCCAGAGUGCACCCGGUCAGGCGGCACAGAUUAUGCACGGUGGUAAGCUGAUACCGUUCGUACAGGGAAUGCCUGGACCGAAUUCCGUAGCGAUGCAAAGUGAGCCCAAAUGUAGCCCUCGCAUAUCAGCCAGUCCAAAUCCGAUCAUGCAAUCGAUUUCGAUUUCGACCGGCAAUCAUCUCGUAGUGGGACCCACGGUGAAACUACAAUCGCCAUCGCUGCUGACGGUGGUGAAACCUACCAAUACCACUGCCACCGAUCGACGUUUCGAGACCGGUGAAGAGCAGCAGCUUCUCGUUGGUCGAAGUAAGAAACCGUUUUCUCUUGUAGCACCCGUCAAAAAUGGUUUCACCAAAGAGAUCUGGUCACCCGCUAAGCAGGAAUACGGUGCGGUAUCGAAGAAAAGUUUCAAUUUCACUCGAAUGGCCGACAAUGUGAGCCCACGGAAAAAGGAGACCCUGGAACCGAUGGUAAAGAAAGAAGAAAUCCGAUAUUUUAACUUCGAAAAUCUAAUAUCAAAAUCGGAAAUACUAAUUAAAUCACCGGCCGCUGCGGAAUGCAAAUCGGAACCGGUUGACACGGCGGUUGGACAGCCACAGCCGGUCAGCGCAAAGCCGAAAUUCGUAAGACCAAACUCACUGCCGCUUAAACCUGGUACCUUCACGCCGAAGGGACAUCAUGGCAUAACGCCGACACAUAACACGAUGCCGUUGAUAUCGCCGGAAACACCGCGUCCUUCGAAAUCCUGCCGGGAGUUGUAUUUCAAUGGGCACGCCUACACCAACAUUGGACUGAAAUCGAGCACCAAACCGUUCUACUGCACCGUCAACAAGACGCAACCGUUCUACGUACAGACCCAGAAGCAACUGUCGAUGUACAGUAACUGGCAGGUCCAUCCGGAAAAUAAGCCACACCCACUGGGUUUGAAACCGGUUGCCGUCAUGUCACUGUACGACAGUAGUCAGCAGCGCGAUCAUCGCUAUUCGAUCGCUUCCCAAGUUCUGUCGUUGGCAGUGGUCAACUCGAGUUCCUUCAAUCUUGCCGUUAUGACCACAGUGGAAGCGAAAACUAACUUCCCGGUAGGAACGUAUUCCCUACCGCCGAUGAGUUCUCCCGGGGGCAGCAACACCCAGCAGCUUACGAAGCAAAGCAUUUCGGCUGCUGUCGGGCAGCAGCAGCAGCAGCAAGGUUAUCUACAAUUCGGUUAUCACGAUAAGGGUGCUUCCAACGAUAGUAUGCCCGCGAGAAGUGAAUCCUCCGAGCGAACACUGUCCGGUGGCUUCGAAAGCACCGAGGAGUACACGUACGUUCGGGGUCGUGGUCGCGGUAAAUACGUGUGCAAAGAGUGUGGAAUCCGUUGCAAGAAGCCAUCGAUGCUGAAGAAACACAUCCGGACGCACACCGAUGUGCGGCCGUAUUCGUGUCAGCACUGUAGUUUUCACUUUAAAACCAAGGGCAAUCUGACGAAGCACAUGAAAUCAAAAAGCCAUUUCAAAAAAUGCACCGAAUUAGGACUGAAUCCGAUACCGACCAGUGUGGACGAUGACGGCGGUGAUAUCGAUAUCGAGGGCGAUCAGCAGUCGAUUUCGAGCGAACGGACUUCGACUAUUCCGGGUGAUUCGGACAGUGGAUCGGAAAGCGACGGGGAGGACAGUGAUGAUAGUGACGAAUCGAAAAGUCGACUGCCGGAACACGAGGCCGCUCACUGUUUGCUGUCGCUAUCGAUGACUCCACCGACCAGUUCUCAGAUGACCAAGAGCUAUCCUAGUCCGUACGGUGGCCACCAGCAAUCGCAGCGUCAUCAGGUUUACGGUCCGAGUGGCUCAAUCUCACCGGAUUUGAUGAUCCAUGGUUCACAGCAGCUGCAGCAGCAACACUCGGCUCUGGUAGAUUCGACGGGUCAAACAAGUCGGCGCGUUAUCACUUUCGCAAAUACACCGAAGGUUGAGUUCAAUCUGCUAAAACACGAACAGUACUAUUCGGAUCCGAGCAUAAACAAAAAGAAACGAGACUUCGAUGGGCCGUUCGUCGACGAUGACGGAGCGAUGCCGAUUGAUUUAACUAAGAAAACCAGAGAACCGGCAUCGCUGGAACAGCAGAUGUAUCAACAAUAUUCACAUCACUAUCCGCAUCUGCAUCCUAGUCAUCAACUGUUGAACAAAGGUUCGAAUGUGCUACUGCAUUCUCAUCUACCGGAAUCGAGUGCCAGAUCGCAAGUGAUUGUACGUGUUUCGGAUGUGGUUACUCCCAUCACCGGAACGGCUAACUUACUGACUACGCUAGUCUCUAACACCGAUAAAAUUCCGUUGACUCACAAUCUAAUUUCAAGCGGGAAGGAACUAGUCGAUGAUAAUGUAUACUUCCAGGAGUACAUCACGCAACGAGCCCUGCAGGAUAGUCGAAUGAAACAGAGCCAGAUGAAGAGUGUGAACAAUAAUCAGUAUGAAGGAGAAGUGGUGGAUGUUCGGAGUACUGCCAUUAUGCCUGUAGCGGAUGCGAUCAGUUGCGAGGCCGUUGUUGAGCCCCCGGCUCCACCCAAACCAUUUGCAAAUGAAAAAGUCUAUCGAAUUUUUAAUGGCAAAAAUGAACCCAACGCUCAGAUUGUGAACUCCGAACCUCCGAGCAGAACUGAACUUUUGUCUACCAAUAGUGAAGCAAUUCCACUGGAAAAGGAAUCAUUGAUGGUGGAAACUGGUGAGACGAAUGUUACACGCACGGACGGUCCAACGGAAAGUCUGAAACUAGAUGUACCGGUUGAUCCGGUAAGAUCCAGAAGUAAUAGUGUCAAGUCGAAUGAUUCUGCCAAACCGGUUGCGAUAGCUGCGGCUACCGGGUCCAGCAAGGAAAGCGCCAAGAGUGUAGCUUCCGAGUAUUUGAAAUUGACGAAAUCGGUCACCCUAAGGAAACGGGAGGAUAGUGAAAGUGGCACGGCAUCCGAUCAGGAAGCUCUGGUCGAGAACAAACUGAUCCCAGCCCAGCCGAUCGUUGCACCGAUUGUAGCUCCUGUUGUGGUGGUUCCGACAACGACGAUUCCAGCAACGGGGGGUGAACUUGCCGGAAUCGUAGCACGGACAGUCGUGGUUGGCGAGGACGGGUUUAAGUCAACUCCAACCCAGGAGUUUUCAUCGUUAAGUCACUUCCAAGAGGACGGAGGUCGACCGGUUUGUGAAGUGUGUAACAAAAGGUUCCUGAAAAUAUCUCAACUGAAAAUUCACAUGAACAUUCACUACAUGGAACGGAAGUAUCGUUGUGAACCGUGUGGCACUAGUUUCCGGUCGCAGGGUUUGUUCCUGAAGCACGAAAGAUCUGCCACGCAUAAAAAUAAGGUUUCGAUGACGACAACGUUUGGCAUUGCUACUGAUUCGAAUCCUCGGCCGUUCUACUGCAAGGAUUGUGACGUUGGUUUUCGAAUACACGGUCAUCUGGCUAAACAUUUGCGGUCGAAAAUGCACGUCCUAAAGUUGGAAUGCCUCGGAAAGUUACCAUUCGGAACGUACACCGAAAUCGAACGAUCCGGAACGAACUUGACGGAAAUCGAUACCACCGAUUGUGAGAAUUCGUUGUCCAGUUUGAAACGUUUGGCUGUUCGGUUGAACGUGAAAGAUCCGGCAAAUGUGCUGCCAGGGGGUGCCAUCGGUUCCUCCGCCGCCGAUGCUGGCCCGAGUGGCAAUGAAACUGAUAGCUGUGAUGACAAUAUGUACGAAAAUGACAACGACGAAUCGAACGUGGAAGACAGUUCCAGCUCGAAUGGACCCAACAACAAGGGAGACGACGAAGACGAUAACGAUGGCAUUCCUUCGGGUAGCGACUUCAAUGGGUUUCCCCCUCAGCCACAGCUCAACAAUAACAUUUUGAGUUUAAAACGAAAACCUGAUGAGAGCAGUACAAGCAACGAACAACAAGCAACCAGUGAAGCCAAACGAGCGCGACUUCAAGGAACACUGAUUACGGAAUCAAUCCAAGGGCCUCCGCCACCGGUUGGUGAAGCGUAGCAGCAGCCCUCGGGCCGUUAGCUGUGGUAGAGAUGUGCCAAGUUUUAUGGUUGAAAGUGCCAACAGUUGUGUAUGUUGACAAAACACACACAAAAACACAUUUAAUUGUAUUUUAUUUCGAACUCGUUGCAGAUAGUGUAGUAUUUAACCUUUUUAUAAUUUUUCACUGAAAGAAAACACCGUUUGAUAAGCGCGUUAGUGAUAUUUUCUUUCAAAUUACGCAUAGCUUUAAUUACGAACUUUAGUUCUAUGGAGUACGUGGCAAAUGCACCAGAAACAGUUUAGUGAGUACUUUAGAAACCGCGCCUAUGUGAUCAUUUAUUUGUUAAAAAAUAACUAUAACAAUAAUAAUAACAGUAAAAAAAAUACUCCCGAUACAUAACUUCAUUAUCGCAGACAGAAAAGGAAUCAAAUUCGCACUACCGAAAAAAAAAACAAGUCGCCUGGCAGACCCGCUUAGUGUUCAGUUGAUAUGUUGUUUUUUUUUAAAGUGUUACGUCUAAUCGUACGAAUCAUACAAACUAAACUAGACGGUUGAUCCUAAGAAACCGACCGACGUAAACUAUUGUGAGCGGAACAAUUACAACCACCUGCGGAUGUAUUUUAUAUAUAUUGUAUAUUAGUGUAAAGGUAAUGAUUGCAAAACAAAAGAGUAUAUAAAUAUUGAAAAAAAAAAAAAAUAUUUCUAUUAGUUUUACACUACUAGAUUUGUAACUGAUGAUUGAUGGAAGGUCCCCCAGUAAAAACACGAAAAUGAAGGUUAAAGUAAUAUAUAAAUAUAUAUUUAUACACCAUUUGCUCUAACAUACAAAAAAAGUCGUCGUGAAUAUCCAUAUAUUUGUAUCAUUUUUUUCCGAAACAAAAAAAACAAACCGCAAACUAUUCGCCGUAAUUUUUAUAGUGUAAUAUUGGUCAAUAGUAUUCUAGUUCCUUCUUCUCUUUGGGAGGGAACGCCUAAUGAAAAGUGUAUUCGUACUAGAUAGCGACGGGACAGAAUGUGUACAUUUGCAUAUCAUUUUAAUGUGUGGAAUAGAAAGAAGAGAAAACUGGGCAUAUUAUUUUUCCGAACUGUCGGUGAGAUCGGCGUGUCCUAGACGACAAUCGUCACUGAUUACAAAUCAAACGGAGGUCACAGAGGUUUUUCUUUUCUCAUCUAAAUGCGAGGAAGGUUUUGAAAUUGGGCGGCUCAACGAGGAAGAUUUUUUUUGUCACAAAACAAGUUCAAGUGUAUAGCUCAGUACGGUACGGUGAAACUUUUGGAAAACAGAACAUACAAACAAUAUAUAUAUAUUAUAUUUUUGUAAUUGUAUAACUACACAGAAACAACAACAAAAAAAAACAUUGUAAGAGUCAUUGUGAGAUAAAUUAGGUAUAAGAGAAAUAAACACAAUGAAAAUGCAUGUGAAGUAAUCAAAAA